GAUCAAUAAUUAGUCAAAAGUGUUGGCCAAACAGAUUUAACGCCUACCACAGGAAACAUGGGUGUCUGCAGCUGCUUUUGCAACGUGCUGAACGGCAUUUUCAAAUAUGCCGUCUUCAUUUUCAACCUCAUUUUUGUGCUUGGAGGCGUCACAAUUUUGAUCCUCGGUGCACUGAUGGAGACGAGCGUCCUGGACAUUAGCAAUUACAUCGAUGUCAAUAUCCACGUUUCAGCGAUUGUCUUGAUGGUGAGCGGUGGCGUGAUCAUUUUGGUAGCAUUCUUUGGCUGUUGCGGCGCCGUCUCGAACAACAGGUGCAUGCUAAACAUCUACGCCUCCCUGUUGCUGCUCGCGUUUUGUCUGCAAGUUUCCGGCUUCGUCUUGGUGCUCGUUUGGAACCCUGACGUCAGCGCCGGCCUCGAGAAGGAAAUGAUGCAGAGCCUGUCAAAAUACCCUGUCGAAAACACCGGUUCGAACGUUCAGAAAUUCUGGGACACGGUGCAGAAAGAGUGGGAGUGCUGUGGAGUGCACUCGCGACUAGAUUGGGCCGUCUACAACCCUGCUCUUCCCCGCGUGCCUGAUUCCUGCAAGUGCAACUCCGACUACGAGGUCUUCUGCACUACCGAAGGGUACUACGAACGCGGCUGCUACCCUGAGCUCAAGGACCUGACCUUCGACAUUCAAGAAGCGAUGGGCUGGACUGCCAUCGGACUUGCCUCUUUCGAGGUGGUUGUUGGCAUCUUGACUUUGAUUUACGCCAAUAGUCACCGCAAUUCGAAAAAGGGCCGUAACAAUAAAUGGUAUGUCUAUAUAUUGCGAAAGCAGGUAGGCCUCUCGAUAUUCUCCCAUAACAAGCUGGCGACUACAAUUGCGUACAGAGUUUUGUCCGACGAUCAGGAAGGAAGUCAGCAAAACAACAUGGGCUUGUGCAGCUGUUUUUGCGACAUCCUCAAUGGAUUUUUCAAGUAUAUCAUCUUCCUGUUCAACCUGAUCUUUGUGCUUGCCGGAAUCACGAUUUUGGUCCUUGGAGUGUUGCUGGAAGUUCAAGUUUUAGACCUCAGCCAGUACGUUGAAAUAAACAUUCACACGUCCGCCAUUAUAUUAAUGGUCGCUGGUGGAAUUGUCAUCUUGGUUGCUUUUCUUGGAUGCUGUGGAGCGAUUUCAAACAACAGGUGUUUCCUAAACCUUUAUGCAUCGCUGUUGCUGGUGGCUCUUUGCUUGCAAGUGGCCGGAUUUGCAUUAGUGAUCGUUUGGAAUCCAAAUCUGUCAGAGGAUCUCGAGAAUGAGAUGAAAAAUUUAAUGGUGAACUACGAUUCUGCUGGAGAAACUGGCAAUGUUUCGCGAACAUUCUGGGACACCCUGCAGAGCACAUAUCAUUGUUGCGGCAUUAACGAGAGCAACGACUGGAAAGACGUUAGGGAGAAUGUGCCUGAUUCUUGCAUAUGCGAAGAUUUGAACUUUCCUUGCAGCGAUGGCUUCUACGAUAAUGGAUGCUACACAAUUAUAAGGGAUAGCAUUUUCGUACUACAGAAUGUUAUGGCCUGGAUUGCCCUCGGCAUUGUGCUGUUUGAGCUUGUCAUCGGUACACUCACGCUUAUUUAUGCGAACAGCAGCAGACAGCGCAAGCAUCAAACAGCUGUCCCUGUCGCCAUGGCCUGCGAUUGUCAAUUUGCGACGCCUAGGUUACUGGAAUGGAGUUUCUACGUUACUCUUGGCAUCACCUCGAUUUUCAGUUUGGCAGCCAUCGUUUUCGCAGCGGUGAUCAUUCAAAAUGUGUCUUCAAUGAGUGAAUUUUUCAACAGCGAGGAUGCCUAUCCAGCGACGUUUGUUUUAAGCACACAAUGCCUGACGUUUCUUUUUGGAGCUUGGGCUCUUCUGGGAGUUUGUAAGCAAUCUGCUUGCUCCCUUUAUACGACCGCGUUUUUUCAUUUCCUGCUCUCGGUGCUGCAAGUUGUUGGGAUUGUCGGCACGUUUGUGCGUAAAAACCUUUUUCGAGGAGGACUUCUGUUUGACAUGGAAAGCCUAGCUUCUAGAUACUUUUUACCAAAUUACGGCGGGGAUUCCAAUGCGAAGUUUGCUUGGGACAAACUCCAAAUAAACCACUAUUGUUGUGGAAUCCGCGAACCAAGUGACUGGAGCACGUACAGACCGGAAAUGCAAGGACUUCCCACGUCUUGCGUGUGCUCGGAUAUCGACAAACACUGUGGCGAUAACGAUAUCUACCAAUUCGGCUGCUACGCCACCUUGGAACCUUUUAUGAUUAAAAUGAAUGAGGCAAUGGGAGCAAUGGCGAUCAUCGCUGUCAUAUUCCAGGUUGCUUCAGCAGUUUUGUCAAUUAAACUAGUCAAGGCGCUCCGAAGGCAAGAUUCUGUCACCUACACUCUGAUUGAUUAAUUAAUAAAUUAUAUUUUGGUACCAUAAUAUUACAAUGCACAUUACUACACUGAUUGUUUGAUCUCUUGGCUGUCAAAUUUCAUUUGUAAUUCUAAACGCAUUGAAUGGCAACAUUUAAUUACAUUCGAAUAGUUAUAUUAAACCUAUUCUUCUUGAAUAAAAUACAAAACAACAUUUAAUUUUUUAAAA